AUGUCGGGUAUGACGGGAGCGAGUAUGCUGCGCACGCGCAGGAAAGAUGUCAACGUCAAACCCAACAGGAAAUUGGAUCGCAAAUCCUCGCGGGGUAUGCUUUACGAAAACGAAGAACUUCGUCUGCGAACUAUUAAUAUUAACGCUGAAGUAGAAAGAGGUCAGUCGGAUAUAAAAAAGUUAAAACGUGAAAACGAACAACUCAAACGUGAAAUAUCAGCACUAAGAUACGAAUACGAUCGUUUGGAUCGUAUGCUACGGGAGAGACGAUCGUCGCCGGAACAUUCGGACUCUCAAGGCGAUAAUAAUGAUUCGGAAUAUCAAAAUGAACAAGAGAUUUAUGAGGAGGAAGAAGACUAUAGCGUAAUAAAGCACAGUAUCGUGUGGCAGGACAGCGCGUCAGUGUGCAGCGCUUGCCCGGAGUGCGCGAGCGCAGACGGCAGCGUUCGAGCUGUUGCCUUUCAUGAUCUGAGCGUGGUGCCGGAGGAGGGGGAACAGGAGAAUAAGAGCGGUGCAGCAACCCCCUGCACUUGUGAGGAGUGCCAGAAAGAAGCAAAGCGUACGGAAGAUAACAAUCAGAAUAACGCCAAGGACGCCGUUAAUAAAACAACAGAAAAACAGACAGAUACUACAAACAAUGCACAAUCACAAGCAAAUACAUCGAACAACGCCUCCGACAGAACUGUAGACGUUUUAGUUCAUGAUGCUCCGAAUAUACCAAGAUAUUUCCAAUCCAUAGCGGCGCCGCCAUUUCAUGUUAAUGUACCCCCUCCACCCGGAUUUGUCAUUGCGCCUUACCAACCGCACAGAUUUCAUAAUGGGGGUAACAUAGAGGACUUAUUGGGGGAUGUACAAUCAUCACCCACCACCAUACAGACUACUUACAUUCAACAAAACUCCAUAUUCAUGUGCAACACCAGAAAUAUCGUAGAGACAAAAUGUUGUUGCCACAAUCGGGAAACAGACAAUAAGACUGAAGUUUGUGAAGAGCAAACACCAAAAUGCUAUGUAACGGAGAAGAAUAUAGAAUUAACUUAUGAUUAUCCUAGGACAACACCCAUUCCAAGUGAUCCGAAUCAGAAAACUAGCGAAAUACAGUCCACAACGACAGAAGUAGCGAGCACGGUUGUUUUUGUAGAGAAAAAAAUGCCCACGAAACCAAAGAAAUUCGAUUUCUUCUUCCGAUCACGAUCAGCGCCUGUUGGCGACCACGAGGAACCGAUUUAUGCAACAGUCAACAAACUACCAAGAAAAUUAAGAAGAAUGGAAUUAGCUAACCUCGAAAAAGAGGUUUCGUAUAAGAAUGGGGAACCAGAUUCUUCAAGCCGCACUGAAAUAACUUUAAGAACAGAUUCGGAAUCUCAGGCACCACCACCAGAUGAUGAUACAAGUCGCUCGGAAAGAGAAAAAUCCACUGUAGCUCAAAGACCAGAAUCACCGAAAGCAAAGAAAAGAAAGCGAUUUUCCCUCACAUUCAAAAAGCGCGAAAGAAAACGGAGGGAAAAGAAAGCCGAGGCGAAGAAUGGCGUAAAGAAUGGAGUUCCAGCACAGGUUGAAAGUGACAAUGAGAGGCUAAUCGAGGAACAGGAUCCUAAACACAAGCACUGCACAAGACAUCGACAGUUACCACGAAGUGCUAUGUCCUCUACCAGCUAUAGCCCGCGUUACAAGCGGGAUAGCUAUCAGGAAAUGACCACAUCCCAUUCAGAGCAUGAACGUACGAACAGCGUUUGUUCUUCGGUAAAUUCCUUAGGAUCAGCUUGUACUCAUAAAUCUCGGAAGCUAUCCGUCGCUCCUCAAGACGGAUCUAUACCCUGGUGUGGAUGCUGGGGAGCCGGAUGUGUGUGA